UUGGGCUCCGAGGUUUCCUUGUUUAGAAGGAGGUGGAGGAUCGCAAAGUCUCUCUGACUCUACAACCAAUCAGGGGAGACAACUUUGUGCGAAUAACUAAGGUGAAAGAUUCUCCUGGCUCUCUCAUCAGUCAAGAGAUUUCCACUGUCUUGCCUUUCCUGCUGUACUCUCAAUCUGGGGUUAGGUUGUUCGUUUGCUGGAACUGAAGAGGAAGUGCAUCCAGGAAGGGUACAAACUCUGGAAAGGUCAUCAGAAGGAACAGUUUUCAAACAGGAAACUCAAACCAAACAUCACAAGGACUGACAGAACUCAUCAGGACCUGAAUAUAAUCAAGCUUGUAAUUUGAAAGACAAUUGUUUAAUAUGUUCUGUCUGCUUAAACAUAUUUUAAAUAGCAUUUCUGGGAUAGCAUUACAACAAGCACAUACACCUGAGUUAAGGUAUUCCAGUGCACCGCCUUAAUCAGUUACACAGCGUGAGUGAGAGUGUUCUAGUGAACUAAUUGUGGAAAGAGCUUUAACCCUUUGCACAUCCUGGAAAAAACAUUAACGGAGCAUGUGUUCUUAGUGGACAAUGCUUUAAUUGGCCUUUGUCCAAGCCAGACAGAUUCAAAAACAUUCGCACUAUGGAGAAACCGUGGAAAUGUAGGGUCUGUGGGAUGGGAUUCUCUACACCAUCUGCACUGGAAACACAUCAACGCUGUCACACUGGGGAGAAGCCAUUCACCUGCUCGGAGUGUGGAAAGACAUUCACUCAGUCAUCUUCCCUUCUGAAACACCGGCGGGUUCACACUGGGGAGAGGCCGUUCGCAUGUUUUGAGUGUGGGAAGAGAUUCAGUAAUUCAUCUCACCUGCUGACACACCAGCGAGUUCACACUGGAGAAAGGCCAUUCAUCUGCUGUGAGUGUGGGAAGAUAUUCAGUCAGUCGUCCAACUUGCUGAUGCAUCAGCGGGUACACACUGGGGAGAAACCAUUUACUUGUUCUGAGUGUGGGAAGGGAUUCAGUGACUCAUCUGCUCUGCUGACCCACCAGCAUAUUCACACUGGAGAGAGGCCAUUCACAUGCUCUGAGUGUGGGAAGGGAUUCAGUCAGUCAUCCAAUCUGCUGACACACCAGAGAGUUCACACUGGGGAGAGACCAUUCACAUGUUCUGAAUGUGGGAAGGGAUUCACUCAGUUAGCUCACCUGCUGACACACCAGCUUGUACACAGUGGGAAGAGGCCAUUCACUUGCCCAGUAUGUGGAAAGGGGUUCAUUCAGUCCUGCAACUUGGUGAUGCACCAGCGAGUUCACAGUGGGGAGAGGCCGUCUGUCUGCUCUCACUGUGGGAAAGGGUUCAGAGAUUCAUCCACUCUGCUGACACACCAGCGAAUUCACACUGGGGAGAGGCCAUUCAUUUGUUCUGUCUGUGGGAAGAGAUUCAGUCAGUCAUCCAGUCUGCGGAGACACUGGCGAGUUCACACCAGGGACAAACUGUUCACCUGCUCAGAGUGUGGGAAUGGAUUCUCCCGUUUAUCUAGCCUGCUGAGACAUCAGCGAGUUCACAACACCACAGAGAAACCAUGGAAAUGUGGGGACUGUGGGAGGGGAUUCAAAGCACCAUCACAGCUAGAAACACAUCGACGUGGUCACACUGGGGAGAGACCAUUCAGCUGUUAUGAGUGUGGGAAGGGAUUCACUCAGUUAUCCAACUUGCAUUUACACCAGCGGGUUCACACUCGAGAGCAGCAAUUCUCAGGUUCUGAGUGCGAGAAAGUAUUAACAAAGGCACCUGACCUACUGACACAUGGAUGGGUUCACACUGGGGAGAGGCCAUUUACCUGCUCUGAGUGUGGGAAGCGUUUUGGUGCUUCAUCCGGUCUCCAGAGACACCAGCGAGUUCACACUGGGGAGAGGCCUUUCAUCUGCUCCAUGUGUGGAAAGGAAUUUACUGUUUCAUCUAACCUGCGGAGACACCAACGAUUACAUGACGGGGAAAACCUGUUCAGCUGCACUGAGUGUGGGAGGGGAUUCAACUAUUCAUCCAGCCUGCGGAAACACCAGCGAGUUCACACCGGGGAGAGGCCAUUCAACUGUUCUGAGUGUGGGAAGAGAUUCACUGAUUCAUCAAGCUUGUGCAAACAUCAACAAAUUCACUCUGGGGAGAGGCCGUUGACUUGUUCCGAGUGUGGGAAGGGAUUUGCUCACUUAUCCCAUCUGCUGACACAUCAGCGCGCUCACACUGGGGAGAGGCCAUUCAUCUGCUCCAUGUGUGGGAAAGGAUUUACUCAGUCAUCCCACCUGCUGACACACCAGCGUGUUCACACUGGGGAGAGGCCAUUCAUCUGCUCCAUGUGUGGGAAGGCAUUCACUCAGUUAUCAAGCCUGUUGCGACACCAGAUGGCUCACACUGGAGAGAAGCCAUUCCCUUGCUCUGUGUGUGGCAAGGAAUUUACUCGAUCGACCAGUUUGCUGAGGCACCAGCGAGUUCACACUGGAGAGAGGCCAUUCACCUGCACUGUGUGUGGGAAAGGAUUCACUGAGUCAUCAAGCUUGCUGAUACACCAACGCAUUCACACUGGAGAGAGGCCAUUCACCUGCUCAGAGUGUGGGAGGGGAUUCAUCGAUUCAUCCAGCCUGCGGAAACACAAGCGUGCUCAUACUGGAGAGAGGCCAUUCAUUUGUUUUGUGUGUGGAAAGGGCUUCAGUGAGUCAUCCACCUUGCUCAGACACCAUGGUAGCCACACCAAGUAGAAACCUUUUUCAAUUCACUGCCUGUGGGUGUUAGUUGUAUCAACUGAGGUGAGGUAUACACUGGUGGAAUGUCAUUGCUUGGAUGGUUACAUGGAUGCAUAUAAAAGGACGCUUACUGACAGAGUAGAGUGAAGUCAGGAGAUAUAUAGAACAUUACAGCACAGUACAGGCCCUCCGGCCCUCGAUGUUGUGCCGACCUGUCAUACCGAUUUGAAGCCCAUCUAACCGACACUAUUCCGUGUACGUCCAUAUGCUUGUCCAAUGACAACUUAAAUGUACCUAAAGUUGGCGAAUCUACUACCAUUGCAGGCAAAGCAUUCCAUUCCCUUACUACUCUCUGAGUAAAGAAACUACCUCUGACAUCUGUCCUAUAUCUCUCACCCCUAAUUUAAAGCUAUACAUAUCUGUAAGGUUCCACUCUAAAUAAAUCUAUUCCAAGUAAAGAUUGACUCUAGUUUCUUCCUUUCCCUAAAGUCUGUCAGGAUUCCAACAAAAGUGCUCGUUUAAUGUUGAAGUUUGGAAAUUAAAAGAAGGCAAAGUCUCAGACAGAAAUCCAGGUUGAAUGAAGAGAAAUGGCUGACAAGUGAAAAUUGUCAGGAAUUGAUUAGUGGUCAACGUCCUCAGAAUCAGAGCCAGAUGAGUUAUAAGUUAAUCUCUUUGGCAUAUCUGCGAUAAUAAGGCUUAAAACAGAAAAAUCAUUUAGUAAAUUUAGACACAAUGUGAAUUAUUUUAAAUCACACGUCUUUUUAAAUGCCAGAGAUUGUGCUUUAAGAGAGUGUGUUUCUGGUCAAGAAGAGGCCAGCGCACCGUCAGUUCUAGAACCUCCUGUUUUGAUACAAACUAGUUAGCAGUUCAAAGUGAAGCAAAGCUAAUUAGCUCAGUGUAAGUGGUCCAGUUAUCAAAUUGUUGUGGAUGGCUAGUAACAGCUUUCCUAAUAGUUAAGAGGUAUAGAGCUGAGGGGUUUCCCAGAAGAAACCCAGAUAAAAUGUUGGGAUUUGCUGUAAGAAAUUGGGAUUUAGAGUUAGGAGUUUUUCAUUACUUUCAUAUGAACAUGCAAACAUGAAUUAAAAGCAAGAGUAGACCACUUGAUCCUUUGAGCCCAUUCCAGCAUUCAAUAAGCUUAUAACUGAAGUGAUUACUGUAUAUUUCCACCUACCUCUGAUGUGUUUUAACCCUGCUGCUUAUUAAAACCCUCUGCUUCUGCCUUAAAUAUGUUCACCGCCUUCUGAUGAAGAGAAUUGCAUUCACAACUCUCUAAGAGAAAUUAAUCCUCAUCUCUUGAAAUGGGCAACCUAUUAUUUUGUAACAGUGACCCUCCAGCUUGAAGAACUAUUUCUCAUAAGAGAACCUGCCCACUCCAAGUAUUAGUCUGGUAAAUCUCUGAGCUGCUCCCAAUGCACUUGCAUCCUCCUCUAAAUCAUGUGACUAAUGCUGUACACAACAGGACAUUGGCCUAUUUUAGAAUAUUGCAAACAAUUCUGGUUGCCCUUCUAUAGAAAGGAUGUUGUUAAACUUUGAGAGGGUGCAGAAACAGUUUACAAGGCUGUUGCCAGGAUUGGAGGGUUUGAGCUAUAGGAAGAGGCUGAAUACACUAGGACUUUUUCCCUGGAACAUCAAAAGUUGAGGGGUGACCGUAUAGAAUUUUAUAAACUCUUGAGGAACAUGAAUAGCGUGAAUAGCCAAGAACUUUUUUGCAGGGAGGGGAACCCAAAACUAGGAUCAUUGGUUUAAUGUGAGAAAGAAAGACUUAAACAAGACCCGAGGGGUAACCUUUACGCGCAGACGGUGGUGUGUAAGGAACAAGCUGCCAGAGGAAGUAGUGGAGGUGGGUACAAUUACAACAUUUAAAAGCAUCUGGAUGGGUAUAAGAAUAGAAAAGAUUUAGAGGGAUAUGGGCCAAAUGCUGGCAAAUGGACUAGAUCAGAUUAGGAUGUCUGAUUGGUGCAGAUGAGUUGGACUGAAGGUUUCUGUGCUGUAUGACUAGACCAGAUGUGAUUUCACUAAUACCUGUAUAUCUGACAUUCGACCAUUUACUUUUAUCAUCAGGCAUAAACAAGCCAGCUUAAUGGCAGCCAUGUACACACUGCUGAUUGCCAUAAACACCUGUUUGGUUCACUAAGGGAAAGAAUUAUGAUAGCUUUGCCUGAUGUGGCCUCACAGAGACUCCAGAUCCACAGCUAUAUGGUUCCUAGCCAGCAACACUCUCAGUCAAUGAUUUGAAUUUGGAAAGAAAUUCAAUCUCCUCAAUAUUCUUUUAUUCCAUUGAAUUUCCUUAAUUUCUUGCUGUGACUGUAUACUGUCCAUCUGCAAUUCAUGCACUAGGGCUUGCCAAUUCACAGCACUGCAAUAUCUCACUAUUUCAAAGUUUUUGAAUACAAUUUCUCAUUUUCCCAAAUUAUACUCCAUUUUCCAGGUCUUUGCCCACUCACUUGCCUUGUUUAUCCCUUCUCAGCCUCCUCAUAUCCCCUUCACAAUCUAUUUUCCCCAACAAUCUUUGGCUUGUCAGCAAAUGGAGCAACUGCACCUUUUGUCCCUUCAUCUAAGUCCUUUAUUAGAUUGUGAAUUUCCCUUAUGAGUUUAAAAGGCUCUCUACAAAUUGAUUCAACACAAUUUAUUUCACAUAACCAUGUUGACUCUGCCCCUCUAUGUUAGACUUUUCUCUGUGACUUACCAUAAUUUAUUUAACAAACAGCUCUCACACCUUACUUAUGAUAGAUAUUUAACUGGCUUGGAGCUUCUUUGUUCUGUUUAAUGUUGAUUUUGAAAAAAGAAAUUCAUUGUAUUUCAUGGAACCUCCUCAAAUCAACAGAAAUUUGGAAAAUUAGAAGCACUCAUCAACUUCCCAGCCACAUAUUUGGGAUGAAAUCGAUCAAUACCUUGUUAACCUGCGAUGUCAACAAUUUGCUCAGUUCCCUAGUGAUUUGCAUUUUUCUUGAGUACCUCCUUUAUGUUUGCUAACUUAAAACUAUUUCUGGGAUCUUGUAACCUCUGUAGUGAAGACCAAUGUAAAAUACCUAUUCAUCGGCCAACUUCUACUUUCCAAUAUUAAUUCCCCAGACUCACAUUGAAAAGGACCAAUGUUCACUUUGUUAACUCUUCUUUCUAAUAUCUCGAUAAUAACUCUAUAAAGCCAUAUUUUAAAAAAUAUUUUACAUAGCUUUCUUUCAUAUUCUUAGCUGGUGAUGUGGUAUCUACAAAGCCAGCAGCAACGGCAGUCCAGCACGUGUUGGCCUAAGUUAGAUAAAAUAUGUUCAACCAACCUUUGAAUGUCAGGUUAAAUUCAGCCCAGAGCGGGCAUUCGCAUCAUGAAGCUGGGAGAAGUUAAUCGCAGUUUGGAGCUGGGAGAGUGCUGAGGUAGAAAAUGUGUCUUCAGGCAAUUAGGAGAAGACUCAUGGAGUGAUAACUCAAUGCCAAGGAAAACAGUUACAUCAAAAAGAAGCCCCAGGAGCCAUUGAUUGUUUGGUGUAGCUGGGAGCAGGACAAAAGAAACCCACAGCAGUAUUUGCAGCUGAAAAAGGUUGGAGCUUACAGAAAUACAUCAGCAACUCACUGAAUCUAGACAUUUGAUAAAAGCUGAAAUUGUGCUGAUCGAUACUUAGGAACAGUCUCAGAAGUCCUGGGGAACCCAUUGUCUGGUUAGCAACUGAAUGACCAAGGCAUGAACAGUCCUUCAGCUUGUCCUAGUCAAAGUGGCUCCGAGUGUGUUUCAACGUUACUUUCAAAAGUGAAGAUUUGGAAUUUCUUGUGAAGGAGGCAAGAACUUUAAUUAAAUUGGGUGACCUAGUGUUACCAAGAUCUGAGUGGAAUCUGUCUUGACUGCACUGGCCAAUUAUCGUAGGCUGCUCAACCACAGUUUAACUUACAUUUUCCUCAAGUUAAUACUAAUGUAUAAAUAAUGUGUAUGGUUUAGAAUAAUUAUCUUACUGAUUCACUGUACCUAUUUUGUCAUAACUGCUUGUUUUAUAUUUUAAGUUUGCAUAGUAAAGAUUAUUUUGUUUCCAUUUAA